AAUCACCAGUUUGUCUUGACCUUUGAAUACAUCUCUGACCAGUUAUUCAGGCUGGAACCAUGCCACCAAUAACUGUCCUCAAUAACAAGAUACUGGCAAAGGUUAAAAGUCUGCCAAUAGAUGUGUGCUGCCGAGCGAAGGACAUGCGAAGGCCUGGGGAAAGGAGAGACGUACAGGAGAGUAAUACCCAGGAAAAGGACGGAGGAAAGCCAUCAAGGGACCCGCCAGGAACGAAGCAGGAGCCAGGUAUGCCCAAAGAAAAAUACGAGCCCCCUGACCCUCGGAGGAUGUACACAAUUAUGUCCUCUGAGGAAGCAGCAAAUGGAAAGAAGUCACAUUGGGCAGAGCUUGAAAUAAGUGGAAAAGUAAGAAGCUUAAGCUCAUCUUUAUGGUCAUUAACUCACUUGACAGCUUUGCAUCUUAGUGACAAUUUUCUGUCCCGCAUUCCUUCAGACAUUGCCAAGCUCCACAAUCUGGUGUAUCUGGACCUAUCUUGUAAUAAAAUCCGUAGUUUACCGGCAGAACUCGGAAACAUGGUUUCACUCAGGGAGCUCCGUUUAAAUGACAACCUGUUACGAGUUCUACCUUUUGAGCUUGGAAAACUGUUUCAGUUGCAGACUUUAUGCCUAAGAGGAAAUCCACUUACCCAGGAUAUAUUGAACCUCUCUCUGGAACCAGAUGGAACAAGAAGGCUACUGAACUAUUUGCUUGAUAAUUUGUCAGGUACUGCAAAAAGAAUUUCCACAGAACAGCCACCUCCAAGAUCUUGGAUUAUGUUACAAGAACCAGACAGAACAAGGCCAACUGCCUUGUUUUCUGUCAUGUGCUAUAAUGUUCUUUGUGAUAAAUAUGCGACCCGGCAGUUAUAUGGCUACUGUCCAUCUUGGGCACUAAAUUGGGACUACAGGAAAAAGGCCAUUAUUCAAGAAAUCUUGAGCUGCAAUGCUGAUAUUAUAAGUCUUCAGGAGGUUGAAACAGAACAGUAUUACAGUUUUUUUCUGGUAGAACUGAAAGAACGUGGCUAUAAUGGAUUCUUUAGUCCAAAGUCUCGAGCUAGGACAAUGUCAGAACAAGAAAGAAAACAUGUUGAUGGCUGUGCAAUAUUCUUCAAGACAGAAAAAUUUACUUUGGUUCAGAAACACACUGUUGAAUUUAAUCAGCUAGCAAUGGCAAAUUCAGAAGGGUCUGAAGCUAUGCUGAACAGAGUCAUGACAAAAGAUAACAUUGGAGUUGCAGUACUGCUAGAACUUCGAAAGGAAUUGAUUGAAAUGUCAUCUGGAAAGCCACACCUUGGAGCAGAAAAGCAACUUAUUCUUGUGGCUAAUGCUCAUAUGCAUUGGGACCCUGAAUACUCUGAUGUGAAGUUGGUACAAACUAUGAUGUUCCUCUCAGAAGUGAAGAAUAUUAUUGAUAAAGCCUCUCGAAGCCCCAAAUCUAGUGUAUUGGAUGAAUUUGAAACUAUUCCACUUGUGUUGUGUGCAGAUCUUAAUUCUUUGCCAGACUCUGGAGUUGUAGAAUAUUUGAGCACAGGUGGGGUAGAAACAAAUCACAAAGACUUUAAGGAACUGAGAUAUAAUGAAAGUCUUAUGAACUUCAGCUGUAAUGGAAAGAAUGGAAUGACCAAUGGAAGGAUCACCCACGGUUUCAAAUUAAAGAGUGCCUAUGAGAGCGGCCUGAUGCCUUACACGAAUUACACAUUUGAUUUCAAGGGUAUAAUUGACUACAUCUUCUAUUCCAAACCUCAGCUGAACACUUUAGGCAUCCUGGGACCUCUGGACCACCAUUGGCUAGUUGAGAACAAUAUCAGCGGCUGCCCACAUCCACUCAUCCCCUCUGACCACUUCUCACUUUUUGCACAACUGGAGCUCUUGCUGCCGUUCCUGCCCCAAGUUAAUGGCAUUCACCUUUCUGGCAGGAGGUAGCCCAGUACCUUCAGAGGACAACCUCAGUUUUAAUGUGAACUCGUGAAAAUCUGAAUAAGAGGGCGAGGCAUGGCUGGAGGUCUCCUUAGUGUGAUUUGAAUUUCCAGUUCGUUGGUUUGAUAAAGGACAUAGUAUGAAAGCCAGGUGCUAGCAACAGACAAAUUCUGAGCCCAAUGUGCUUUAUAUACUGGUAGACAGGGAUUGGUGUGUCUGCACCUGUCUCUCAUUUGUUAAAAGUAAUUUUCCUGUUUCUUCUAUCCAAGAUAAUAUUUUCAUGCCUUGAAAUAGGAAAAUGUUGGAACAGCAUAUCCUCUUUGCACAGAAAUCUGUAGCACUACUUUUUUGAGGCCAGUAGUAACAUCCAGAGACCAUUCUUCCAGACUUACACCCUUUUUCAGAUUUAUUUGUAAAAUAUAGAAUUUGAAUUUAGCCUUUAUGAUUGUAUAUGAUCCACAGAAGAUCUGAUUUAUGAAAUUUUGUACUAAAAAAUAUCAAAUUUGAAAACAGUUGUAUUGUAAACUAAGGCUAAAUGUUUUGCUUAUUUCCUGUGUUCUGAAGGCCAGCUUGUAAAAGAGUUGCCGCAGACUUUCUCUGCAGUGAUUUGCACUGUUAGGGUUUUGUUAGCCCUUUUGUACUAUUUUAUUUUUAAAUUGAGAACAUUGCUCUUUAAAUCUAGGUCUGCUCAAACCAUAGGACAUUUUCUUGGACCAGAGGCAACUUGAUUGAUGAACUCCUCAAUUUUUAUGAAAACUAUCUACUAGGACAGAUAAGCUGAACAGUAAAUGAUUCAUAGGCAUUUAUGAACUGAAUGUGAUGGUUCAUGUAUGUACAUUCUCAUAUUUUUAAAUCUUCAACUUUUUUUAAGUUAAAAAUAUUACAGCUGCUUAGAUACAGCUUCUUUCUUACCUUCUUGAGACACUUCCUGUCCUCUCCACUGUGCCUGCCUCAGUCUGUUCUCACCCAGCACUGCCUGUGCACGCAGAGAAAAUCUGUGCGUCCUCUUUUAUAUUUUUAAAUAUUAUUUAACAUUUGUGAGAAUUUUAUGAAAAUGCUUUUGUGUGGGCUGUGGCUUUCAUCCCAUUGUGAAGCAUUGAAUAUCACAUCUCAGAAAACGUUCAGGGUCUGCGUCUGGUCACCUGGCCCCGGCCCUGCUUCUUGGUGCCCAUUGCAUGGUGCUGUUUGCCACCCACAAUGCUACUACCAUGUGAAGUUCUUUGUUUUUUUUCUUAGUUGCCCAUGUAUUCUCUGUCUCUCAGAUUUUCUUUUAAAACCAUUCCUUUUUAAAGAAAAAAUAAUUUUCUGUUUAUGAAGCAGUAUAAAUUAGAUGCAUUUUCAAAACGGGUCCCUCAGACAUUUCUUCAGAUCAUUUUUAAAGUGACCGAGUCAUUGUCAAAUGUCAGCCAAGAUGAAAGUUGCAUUGUACCCUGUGCUUUGCCCAUAGUUUUAGUAGACUAGAGAUUAGAGCAAGCUUUAGCUUUGCAAAGCUAACUUGUAUAUAUUUUGUUCUCAGUCGUUCAUUCUUCUGAAAAAUCAAAUGAAUUCAGAGGGUGUUUGGUCUGCUUUUGUUUCAACUGCAGGCAGGGGAGCAAAAGGAUACCACGUGCGCAUUAAGAAAAAAUUGAUUGUUAUUAAUGAUUUUUAUACAGAGGAUGAGUCAUUUUGGAUGACUUAAAAUUUUAUGAAAAAUGUUAAGCACUAAAUGUGCUUAUUCUGCUUUUAAGAGAAAAUAAAAUUACAGUACUCUUUAAAUAAAUGAUUUUUUUUUUCUUUCUUUCUUUUUAAGAAAUUCUACCAAAAGGUUUUCAUCUUGAAUCUUUGUCUUGGACCUGGUUUUUCCUUUAAGGGUUUUUAUGUUUUUGGUUUUUUUAAAUAAAGAAUUUGCUGUAAUUUUUUUUUUUUUUUUUUGGCACUUUUUAAAUUGUGCCAACACCAAACACAUUUAGUUUAUAAUCAGUACGUUGCAAAGCUGGUGUUACUAAUGUAGAACCAGUUCAUGACUUUUUAUGGGUUUUGUUUUAUUUUUUUGUAAAGUGAGAAUGAAAGUGUGUUUACUCAUUUUCCCUAAACACUGUGUUGUAUGUGCAUCAUGACAAUUUCCGGUGAGGGUGAUCUGGAGCCGGUUGUACUGAUGGAGGAAGCUGCUCUUCAUGGGACCCGAUUGUGGUAUCAAAGGUCCAGAGGGCUUUGUGGUUGGGAGGAGGAGCACUUACUGUUCUGUUUGUUAUCGGAAGAUGUGUUCUUUUCAUAGAUGCUGGAGCUAGAGUGCACUUGUUAGAUGCUACAGGUUUGAGCUUUACACAAAAUGUUUUCAUCUGUAUUUGUUACUGUGUAUAAUAUAUUUGAAAUUUGGGACCGCAUACUAAGAUAGAAUGGCCUGCUGUGUCUUGAGAGUACUUGUUUUUGCCUCUUCCAGGCACACUGCGUCUGUGAAUCAGUUUGAACAGCUUCUCCACCUUACGUAGAUAGUGUAAAUUAAACCAAGAGUGCAGAUUUACAACUGUAACCUUCAAAAGAAAAAGAAAUAGUUUGAGUCAAUAGCGGAUAAACGUUCACACCAAAACAGACUAUGAUACUUUCAUUAAGCGAGGGUUUAUGUUCUGGAUAUUUUCUGUGUCCUGAAUAAUUUCCAAUAAUCCAUACUCCUAAAAUGCAAUAAAAACUAGUUUGUUUUCGUAGUGUAGAUUAUUUUACAAAAAUUCUGUAACAUGUAUUUAAUGUUUUGCCAUAAUGUAAUUUCAGUGUUCUUGCUGGAAAAAUCAUCUUAGGAAUGUUUUACAGAAAAUUUGGGAUGUGGUUUUUUUGUUUUAAAGAUGAGAAAUUUGGAGGCACUCAAUUCCUUGUUGUAAAUCUCUUGAAUACGUUUUACAAUAUUAGUGGUAAUUAUUUAUGCUUUGAGAAUUUAAAUAAUGUUCAUCAAAAUUAAUUUAUGGCAUAAUUUAAACUAAAGUUGUAGAAGUAAAUUGUUGAUUGCAACUUUAAUAGUCCCAGAAGAUAGGCAGAGAACAUCUCCAAGAAACGAGUUUUCAUUUGUAUUUUUGAUUGGGGGGCAACCAGGAGAACUUAUUUUGGGUUAGCACUUUGAAACCUAAGGAUAUCAGUAAAUUGGAUGGCAUGCACUUCUGAAUGUUGAAAUUACAGUUUCAAAUCCUUUCUAAGAUUGAGGUUUUUGAUAAUAACAUUCAAGUUUUAGAGUUCCACUUUUCUUACUGUUCAAACUUAAGGAAUUAGUUUCCAUCGUGACUUUUUAAGGUUUGGGGGUCAUGUCAUACAAAAGCCAACCUAAAACAAAAACAGUUACCAACCCUUUGGUCUUUUAAUGAAUCAAAGCCAAGUGUGGUUGUGCAUGCCUGUAAUCCCAGUACUCUGGAAGGAUGAGACAGGAGGAUCACAAGUUUGAUCCCCACCUGGGCAAUUUAAUCCUUAGAGACCCUGUCUCAGCUGCAUUUUUUAAAAGGGCUGGGGAUGUAGCUCACUGCAAAGACCUUGGGUUCAAUCCCUAGUCUUGCCAAAAUCAGAAUAUCAGCAUAGCUAUUGGCAGACAGUGGGAGGAACGCUUUAAGGAAGGGUCUGUCCCCCACUUACAAACAGUAUUUAAGAUGUUCGCUUUGCUCUUCCUUUUGGUUAUGUAAAAUUUAAAAACUGGUAUGUUGAUGUAGUGUCUAAAAUAGAGUAUCUAGUCUUUAUUCACAGUACAUUAUAUUGUGUAAUGCACUGGACUAACUCUUGUUUACCAUUCGUGUAAUAAGAAAACCCAGCACAUUAUCUGCACUAAGCUCAAAGAAUGUCACAUUUGCCUAGGCAGCUCUUUGAUAAGGGUAAUGGAAAACUGAAUUUAGACCGUAUGGACUGGUGGUAACAAGGGCUUUUAAUCUUCUUUUCAGUGGAACCUUCUUGGUCAAAUUGUAACUAGGUAGUAUUAUAUUUAUAUACAGGGUGUCUUUUCUUUACCAAUGUAUUUUCCUACUCAUAGCCAACCAAUAAAUUCAAUAUCUGUUUCAAAUAUUUUAAAGUGUAAUUUGUAUAGCUGUAGUACUGAAGUUUGAAAAGAAUAAAUGUUAAUCCUUAAAAUUCUGAGUCAUCUGGACAGGGUUAUAACUCAUCCUUUCAGAGGGAAGAGUGAAAGGGGACAGGGCCAUGAUAGGGGGAAAUGGUGUAAAAAAUAUGUAUUUCCUUAUUGGCUGUGUUAUUUUGUAUAACACUCGUAUCUUUGCCAAAGUUCAAUUUUAUAUUUAGGCACCUGACGGUCCUUUUGCAUUUAGGAUUAUUGUUGUUACCAUAUACCUCAUGAUAUAAGAGAUGGGUUCCUGUGUCUUCCAUCUUUUGGAAGGAGGUGGACAUAUUUUAAAUAAAUGCUUUUAAUACAGUA